UUACAAUUGUUGAUUUUUGUAGCCUAAUUUGGUUUUAUUGUUUCAGCUGCAAAAGUUUCCUAUGGGAGCAAUGCAAUCACCUUGGGAAUUAUCUUCGACAAGGACUCCAACGAAGUUCAGGAAGCAUUAAAAACUGCAAUGGAUAUGAGCAAGGACAGGAAGACAGCGGUGGAGUUUCAAAUCUACAUUAACAUCAUCGAUACAGCUGAUGUCUUCAAACUUUCUAGACUGAUUUGCAGCCAGUACACACGAGGAGCAAUCGCCCUGAUUGGAUCUGUUCCAUCUGACUCAUUCCACACUCUUCAUUCGUACUCGAACAGUUUUCAAAUGCCGUUCGUAAUUCCCUGGUUUUCUGAAAAGAUGAUACCUAAAACUCCCAGAGGUAAGGACUACGCUUUGAGCCUUCGCCCCGACUUCCAUCGUGCUGUUUUCGACACCAUCGUUUUCUACGGCUGGACUGACGUUAUCUAUAUCUACGAUUCUCAUGAUGGUCUACGGCGUCUGCAGAGUAUUUUCUCUUAUAUGCAGCCGGGAUCGGAGCCAUUUCGUAUAAUCCAAGUGAGGCGAGUCGCAAAAGCAAAAGAAGUUAUAGAUUACCUUAUCAAGCUAGAGGCUGUUGAUAGUAUGAGUCUUGAAAAACGUUUUGUUAAGAAAUAUAUUGUUCUGGAUUCUUCUACAGAUAUAGCUAAAGAGACCGUUAAACUACACGCGAGUUGCGACGAACUCGAAAGAACACCGUACCAUUACUUGCUAAGCGGUUCUGUAAUGGAUGAGGAUCAGCUUUGGAGUGAAAACGUCCACAAUUUUGAAAAUCUCGAUAUAACAGGAUUCCAAGUUAUUGAUUACUCCAAGAAGAAAGUUAAGGACUUUAUGGAAAAUUGGAAAUGGCACACUCAUGUAUCGACGGAAGCCGCUAUGAUAGUUGAUUCAGCUAACUUGGUAAUUGAAGGAAUUUUGCGUCUUGUACGCAAAAAACCAGAGUUUCUACGAGCAUCCACCCGCCGAAGCGUCCCACCCAAUGUCACCGAUAUCGAGGAAUGUAAUAUAGAGGAGGAAGGAAUCAUACCUUUUGAAUUCGGCGAGAAAUUGGCCAGAACUAUAAGAAGGACGGAGAUAGAUGGCCUAACUGGUUUUAUCAGAUUUGACGAGGCCGGCCACCGUAUCAACUUUACACUUCGGAUUGUGGAAAUAACUGCUGGUUCUAAAUCUCAAACGGUUGGAACAUGGUACGACUAUAAAGGUGUAGAAAAACCGAACAAAGUUGGCUUGGCUGGUCCGUCUGAGAUAAACAAGACUUACAUAAUAAUAUGUGUUGAAGAGGAGCCUUAUAUUAUGCCGUUGGUUGAUAAUCGCUCUAAGAAAAAAUGGAAAGGAUUUUCUGUGGAACUUGCUGAAAUGAUUAUGAAAAAGUUGGGACUCAAAUAUGAACUUCGUUUGGUUAAAGAUGGUAAAUUUGGACAGGAAAAUCCAGAAGUUGCUGGUGGGUGGGAUGGUAUCAUCGGGGAGUUGAUAAGGAAGGAAGCAGAUCUAUCAAUAUCAUCUCUAACUGCAAAUGUGCAGAGAAAGGCGGUGAUUGAUUUUAGUCGAACCUUACUCUCAUUCGAAACUGUGGCUGUAGACGAACCACUACGUUUCGAUUCAUUCUUCAGCUUUUUUCAGCCAUUUUCUAAGGAGAUAUGGUUUUCAAUAUUUGGAAGUAUGCUGGCUGUAAGCUUUUCCCUGUAUAUUGUAUCGAAAUUUUCCUCUUCUGAAUAUGAGGUACAGUUAAGUUCGAAUGAAGAUACCGAAUCCUCAGGUGUCCAGACGCUCCAGGCGAACGUCAAGAACACAUUUACAUUAUGGAAUGCCAUUUGGUUUUCUUUGGGCUCUUUUAUGCAACAAACUAGCGGCUACACACCGAGGUCCAUCUCGGGAAGGAUUGUUAGCGGUGUAUGGUGGUUUUUGGCAUUAUUCGUAAUGAUAAUGUACACGGCAAAUUUGACCACACAUCUGACUUUAUCCCAACUCAAUCCGCCACUAAACAUGAUAAAUCGAGCGCACAAAUGUCCUGCGGAAUCCAACAAACCGUGUGAUAUGCUGAUAUCCGUAAUGGAGACUGGACUACAAGAUUUUGCGGUAGCCUUCCCUAAAGGAUCACCCUUACGGGAGGGUGUUAAUUUGGCGCUUCUAAAAUUAAAGGAUGAUGGUGAACUGCACAGGCUUAUACGCAUAUGGUUUAUGCCGCUAUCUUGCAAAAAUAAGAUUCAUGGAAAGGAAAUUUCCUUAAGCCAGAUCGCCGGAUUGUUCUUGAUUCUGUUGGGCGGACUCGGAUUGGGCCUGAUAAUCAGUUUUAUCGAAUAUAUUGUGCAUCGUCGUAAAAAGCAUGAGCAACCAAUAAAUCCCUCGCCACUUGGUACCCCUGUUAGGUCGCCCGACAGCCCCGUGAUGCGAAGUAUUAUGAAACCAUCCACACAUCGCUCUCAGAAUGAACGAGAGACCAUUGACUGGAAUGCUGCUAACUACGCCGUGUACGGAUCACCAAGCCACCAUGAAUUCCAAGAGGAGACUCCGACGCAUGAAACCUUCAGGCAGGUCUGAUACUCACCUCCAGGCUCCAGGCGUAUGCUUCGGGCCUCCCAACGACAACUCUCCGACUCCAUAGAACUUUACCAACUGUAAAUCCAUGGAUACGGCUAACGACGAUGACUUCUUGGAUUAUUACGGUACGACCGACUGGGCAUAUAUUAAACCAACUGUCGUGCUUAGGAAUUCACUCACACUCACAAGAGUAACCAACUUGAUAGUUCUUAUUUAAAUGGGCUAUAACGU